UACGAAUAGGGCAUUGUGAAAAAAAAGAGGGAAUCCAAUCCCCCACCAUUGAAAAAGAUAUAUUGUUUUUUCUUCAUUGUUGUUGAACUAUCUUGAAGAAGGCCAUAUGAAAACAGUGUGGUUUUUCAGUCUUCCUUUCCUCUCCUUCACGCCUUACCCGUUUUCUUCGUUCCUUUUCUUUCUCUCUCAAAUUCUUGUCUUUUUCUAUUCAACCAACAAUCCCGUUCUUUCUCCUUACCAUUUUUCUCCAUUCUUUGACUGAAAAAGUUUGGGGGUUUUUUUUUCCCUUCCUGUUUGUUUCCUAAGAAUCUGCAAGAAAAUCAUUUUUUCUAUUUCCAGAUUUGAGAGUUUGAUUAACUUUAGACCUUCACUCAACAAACCCAUAUUUGAGUUGAGUUUUUGAAAUUUUUGGAGGAAAGAAGCAGUUGAUUUUGAACCUUUUUUUUUUGCGUUGUCUUUCUGUUUUCGUCCGUUUUCUAGGCAGGCAAGCAGAGGGUUUGUAAUAGAUAAAAGGUGAAAGUGAGAAUGCUGGGAAGUGGGUUGCAAUUCGGGAAAGUUAGAGGAGAUGAUCGGUUUUACAUUCCAGUAAAAGCUAGGAAAAAUCAAAACAAAAAACAACAGCAAAAGCAAAAACAAGAAAUUAUUGAGGAAGAUAAUGAGAAAAAUUGUAUUAAAUCGUCAGCAACAUCAGCAAAGAGCAAGGCUUUAGCUUCUGAUAAUAAUAAUAAUAAGAAUCCUAAGAAGACUUUGGUUUCAAGUACUAUUCCGGGCUGUGAGGAAUCGGGGGUCUCAAGGAGCAACCUUGAAAGGUUCCUGGAGUCAACCAGGCCUUCGGUCCCUGCUCAGUAUAUUUCUAAGACAACAAUGAGGGGAUGGAGGACUUGUCAUGUGGAGUUUCAGCCUUACUUUACAUUGGAUGAUUUAUGGGAGUCUUUCAAGGAAUGGAGUGCAUAUGGCGCAGGAGUGCCUUUAGUGCUUGAUUGGAGUGAUGGUGUUGUUCAGUACUAUGUUCCAUACUUGUCAGGGAUCCAAUUAUAUGGUGAAUCUAUGCAGGACAAUGCCAAGCCAAGGCUAGCUAGAGAAGAGAGCGAUGGUGACUACUACAAAGAUUCAAGUAGUGAUGGAAGUAGUGAUUAUGAAAUAGAUGAAGGCAUUAAAUUUCCUAGAGAACAGUGUAAUCGAUUCAGUUUGACAAAUGAGAUACCUUUCGGAGUGAGCAGUUUGUCUAUAAGUGAUGAAAACAGUACACUGCAAGAAGGCUUUUCUAGUGAUGAUAGGGAAACUGGCAACCCUCAAAGUCACCUGCUGUUUGAGUUUUUUGAGCGGGAUACUCCUUAUAGUCGUGAACCCUUGGCAGACAAGAUAUUUGACCUAGCUUGCAAGUAUCCUGGUUUGAAGACAUUAAGAAGUUGUGACUUACUACCCAAGAGUUGGAUAUCUGUUGCAUGGUAUCCCAUAUACCGAAUACCUACAGGUCCUACAUUAAAAAACUUGGAUGCAUGCUUUCUAACUUACCAUUUCCUUUGCACACCCAUGGAAGGCAGUGGAAGUGGCCAAACACCAUUUGUAGUAUAUCCCAACGAUGGUGAUGGCAUCCCAAAGAUUUCGCUACCUGUUUUCGGAAUGGCAUCUUAUAAAUUCAAAGGAUCCAUGUGGACAAAAAAUGGUGUGAGCGAGUGUCAAAAUGCGAAUUCCCUUAUGCAGGAUGCAGAAAACUGGCUAAGACUGCUUCAGGUCAAUCACCCAGAUUUUCGGUUUUUUGCCUCACAUGGGAUGUACCUUUGGUGAAAUCAAGAGAUUAGUCAGUGCAUGAAUUUCUUUCUUUUCCGCGCUGCAAAAAUAAUGUCCAAAACUUGCAUUUUGAUUGCUUGGUCAAACUGAGGUGAAAUGCUAUAAUUUUUGGUAUAUGGUGAUGGCAUACCUUUUGAGGGAGUUUUGUCUGGAUUGGGUAUGCUGUUACUUGCAAAGAAAAGCGAAGAAAAAAGGAAAAAAAAAAGAACAAAUUGAAAUGGUUAGACCUUUAGACAUUGUAAAGUGGAGAGCAUAAAAGAGUGGAUAACUUUGUGGCAUUAGACAAAAGCCUAAUUACUUGGUUGUGGAACCCAUAUAAAUGAGGGAGAUGAUAUGGUGGGAGUUGAGCCACUGGCAUUUUGAUGAGGGAGGGAUAUGUAGAGGUUUGGUUGAAUUGUGAUGUGGUUGAUGUACACCAUGGCUGAACUUGAUUACUUUAUGAUAAUAUAGGAGAUAAUGGUUGGACUAUCUUUUGUCAGAUUUGUAUACACCUUUAUAAUGAAUUUAUUUGGGUCUCUAUUUAGAACAUGAAAAUCUGUUAUGGGCCUACCAUUCGGAUGGUACCUUUAUAAUGCAUUUAUUUGGGUCUCUAUUUAGAACAUGGAAGUUUGGUAUGGGCCUACUAUAAUAUGAAGUUCGUUCGUCCUAACGCCAAAACCAAGCACAUGCAUCUGUCACGUCUUAGGUUAGUUGAUAGGGUAGGUAAAAAAAAAAAAAAAGAAGGAAAAUUAGAAGAGAAAAAAAUUGACAAAUAGAAAAAAAAAA